AAGGACCUAUACGAUUAGGACUUUUUUCUCCUGGUGAUUCUACGGACGACGGACUUUAAACGUUCGAAUACGACAAAUCUAUAUAAGUGACCAUACUCAUAAGAUAACGAUGCAGUCAAUGCUCGUAUCUAAAGUACCAAGGUUCUCCUCCUUUAUGCCUUCAAACUCCGAUCAAGAGUGAAAAGAGACAAAGAACCAGCCAUGGAGGUUGUAAUGCACGAAGCUGCCAACGGUUCUGUGAACGGUAACAGUGGUAUUCAAUACAACAAUGGUGUUGAAGAAGUGCGGUACAGUGAAGUUGCCAAAAAUGAUGCGAGAUUCGACAGACUCCCAACGAGGAGUCCUGUUGAUAUCAGCUUCGAGAACAUCGUCUAUUCGGCCUCUUUGGGAUUCAGAAAAGGUUACAAAGAAAUCAUACACAGUAUUAGUGGGAGAUUUCCACCUGGUCAACUUGUAGCUAUAAUGGGACCUUCUGGUGCAGGAAAAAGCACAUUGUUAGACGUUUUGAGCGGAUACAGAAAGACUGAUAUCGAGGGAAAAGUCUAUAUAAAUGGAGAGGAAAGAGAUUUGAGAUCCUUCAGGAAGAUGUCGUGCUACAUAACACAAGAAGACAGACUUCAGCCUCUACUCACAGUAAAGGAGAAUAUGAUGAUUGCUGCUGAUUUGAAAUUGUCAACUGAUACAUCAGUUAGAGAUAAGCUGAAACUUGUUCAUGAGAUCCUUGUUACAUUGAGUUUGGUGAAAAGUAAACAUACUUUGACUAGCCAACUAUCAGGGGGACAGAGAAAAAGACUAUCCAUUGCUCUUGAAUUGAUAAGCAAUCCUUUAGUGAUGUUUUUGGAUGAACCAACCACAGGAUUGGACAGCUCGUCUUGUUCUCAAUGCAUCAACCUACUCCAUUUAUUGGCAAAACAAGGCAGAAACAUUGUUUGCACCAUCCAUCAACCGUCAGCUGCGAUGUUUCAGAUCUUCGACCAGGUCUACGUUUUGAGCAGUGGUAAAUGCCUCUACCAAGGAUCCACAAAGAAUAUGGUGCAAUUUUUCAACGACCUUGGAGCUCCGUGCCCCAUGUACCAUAAUCCUGCUGAUUACGUUAUUGAAAUAGCAUGUGAAGAGUAUGGAAAAUACAUAGUCGAUCAAAUGGUGCAAAAAAUGGACAACGGAAAAACCUUGAAAUAUUUCAAUAAGCCUGAGCAACUACCCUCCUUAGCGGCUCUAAAAGACAGAGUGAGCUAUGAAUUUAUAGAUGAUGAUGAAGAUGGCCUCGAGGUAACUUCCCAGUGGAAUCAACUCAAAGUGUUACUUAGAAGGGGUUGGAUUAAAAUGAAGAGGGAUGAAACUCUUACGUAUAUGAGAAUCAUCGUAAAUAUUCUAGUCGGAAUCAUGCUGGGAACUUUGUUCUGGCAAGCUGGAGAAAAUGCAUCCAGAACGUUGGAUAAUUAUAAUUUAUUGUUUUCAAUUUUGAUGCACAACAUGAUGUCACCUAUGAUGUUAACGAUCCUAACUUUUCCUGCAGAGAUGAAUAUUCUAAUCAAAGAACAUUUCAAUAGAUGGUAUUCGAUGAAGAUGUACUAUUUAUCUGUUACGCUGAUAGACAUUCCUCUUUCUAUCUUCUGUGGCGUAAUAUUCGCUGUCAUAAUAUACUGGAGUACUGGUCAGCCAAUGGAAUUGGAUAGAUUCGUCAUGUUCACAAGCAUUUGCCUACUGAUCACUUUCGUCUCACAAAGCUUUGGUCUUAUGAUUGGUUCUGUGUUCGAUGUCAUUAAUGGAAACUUCGUAGGUCCAGCAUUGUCAGUCCCUAUAAUGAUGUUUGCUGGUUUUGGUGUUAGGCUCAGUGACAUACCCGGCUACUUGUACUGGGGUACCUACUUGUCUUUUCUGCGAUACGGUCUAGAAGGCCUGGUUCAUGCAAUCUACGGCCUAGAUAGAGAAAAGCUAGUAUGUCCAGAGGAGGCAGACUAUUGCAUGCAUGCUGUUCCUUCUAGAUUCCUCAAAGAAGUUGGACUACGAGGAGAUCAAUUUUGGAAUGACAUAUAUGCGUUGCUUCUCAUCAUGUUUGUCUUCAAAGUUGCGUCAUACUUUUUACUUAGGCUUAAGAUGAUACUCAUUAGGUAGAUGUUGAUAUCAUUUGUAAGAUAUGGCUGUGGUCUACAUCCAAAUAUUUAAUUUAUUUAUUUGCUCAACAGUUUGUAUUUUGUAAGAAAUGCCAGAUAAGUUCUAAGAUUUACAUGUAAGACUUUUGUAGAAGUACCUAUUCAUAAUAGUUAAGAAAAAUAAAGAUUGUGCCUGUCAGUAAAUGAUUAGAUUUGAAAGAGAUGUCAUUUCUAUUCAUUAAAAGGAAAUAAAUGAGGUUAAAAUAUAUUUUCAGAUUGAAUGUUAACAAGUUAAUGAAUAAUGAAGUGUAUUUUUCAGAAUGUAUAUUAUUAAAAAAAACUUUUCUGUGAUUCAGAACAAGUCAGUCGUUUCAUCUAUCGAUGAAACAAUGUUCUUCAAUGCAAUUUUUGAUGUUUAUUGGUAUGUAUAUACUACCGUUAUUUUUCUAUGGUUGAUGUGAUGUGAUAAUAAAUACAGUUUAUCGAUA